CGUCAGCGGGAGCGCGCGGCGGCGGGCGGCGGCCGUUCCGCCAUGGCGAAGACCGUCGCUUAUUUCUACGACCCGGACGUGGGCAACUUCCACUACGGCGCGGGGCACCCCAUGAAGCCGCAUCGCCUGGCGCUGACCCACAGCCUGGUCCUGCACUACGGGCUCUACAAGAAGAUGAUUGUUUUCAAGCCAUACCAGGCGUCGCAGCACGACAUGUGCAGGUUCCACUCCGAGGACUACAUCGAUUUCCUGCAGAGGGUGAGCCCCAACAACAUGCAGGGCUUCACCAAGAGCCUCAACGCCUUCAACGUGGGGGAUGACUGCCCAGUGUUUCCAGGCCUCUUUGAAUUUUGCUCUCGCUAUACCGGGGCGUCCCUGCAGGGAGCAACACAGCUGAACAACAAGAUCUGCGAUAUUGCAAUAAACUGGGCAGGGGGGCUGCAUCAUGCCAAAAAGUUUGAGGCUUCUGGGUUUUGUUACGUUAACGACAUAGUCAUCGGCAUCCUGGAGCUGCUCAAAUACCACCCACGUGUUCUGUACAUUGACAUUGAUAUCCACCAUGGAGAUGGGGUGCAGGAGGCUUUCUACUUGACAGACCGUGUCAUGACAGUGUCAUUCCAUAAAUAUGGGAACUACUUCUUUCCUGGUACAGGUGACAUGUACGAGGUUGGUGCAGAGAGCGGCCGUUACUACUGCCUCAAUGUGCCCCUGCGAGAUGGCAUCGACGACCAGAGUUACAAACACCUCUUCCAGCCAGUCAUUAACCAGGUGGUAGAUUAUUAUCAGCCCACCUGCAUAGUAUUGCAGUGUGGAGCUGAUUCUCUGGGCUGUGACCGUUUGGGCUGCUUUAACCUCAGCAUAAGAGGACACGGGGAGUGUGUGGAGUACGUGAAAAGCUUUAACAUCCCCUUGCUGGUACUGGGAGGAGGCGGUUACACAGUCCGCAACGUGGCACGAUGCUGGACUUAUGAAACAUCAUUGCUUGUAGAUGAAGCAAUUAGCGAGGAGCUCCCAUACAGCGAAUACUUUGAAUACUUUGCUCCAGACUUCACCCUUCAUCCUGAUGUCAGUACAAGGAUUGAGAAUCAGAACUCCAGACAGUACUUGGAUCAGAUCAGACAGACGAUAUUUGAGAAUCUGAAGAUGCUGAACCAUGCUCCCAGCGUGCAGAUCCACGAUGUCCCUUCGGACUUGCUCAGCUACGAUCGCACGGAUGAGCCUGAUCCAGAGGAACGAGGCUCUGAGGAAAACUACAGCAGGCCUGAAGCUGCCAACGAGUUUUAUGAUGGUGACCACGAUAACGACAAAGAGAGUGACGUUGAGAUCUGAGGGCUCUGGUGUGGGGCUCUGGACUGAGGGGGGUCCCACUUUGGACAUGGGUGCUUGGAGCAGAUGACUGGGCCACGUGGGGACCAGUUAGCCCUCCCUUCAUGUUUGAUUGCAUGCAGUGGCAGCAGGAACACCACCACUGCAGGCUUCUGCUACCUGGAGAGGCAGAGAGCAGUGAAAUGUAUUCCCCACUUUCCACCACGGUUCCAUCUGUGACUGCUCUGGGCAAUGGACAUUCAAGUAGUGGCUGAAUCUGUGCUGUGUCCUGGCUGCUAGCUGUGCCACUGCCCUCAGAGCUGGCUCAGCCCCAUCCCCUGCCUCCCAGGCAGGCUUCUGCCAGCAAGGUGGAAGCUGCAGCGGUUGUGUCUGCCAUCUGCCUCCUCAGCAACCAACACCUGAUACAUCCUGCUCUCCCCAGCCCUCCACUCAGGUACCUAGCCGUCUGUGCUCUGAAGCCUGCACUUGAGAGUUGCUUCCUGAUGUCCCUUCUAACCAUCUGAGGCUCCACAGCUCAAGGAAAACUAUUGGAGAAGACUAGGAUGGGGGUGGGGAGUGUCCCUGGAGCAGGGAGCAGCUUGAUGUAGCAGGGUGGAAGAACAUACGCAGAGCACAGUCUUGGUUGUACCCCCCAUGCUGAGUUUAGCACUCGCAGAUGCUUUGACCUGGACCUGCCUUCCCUCUUUAUUCUUCAAGAGGCUAAAAUCACUGUGGAACAGAGGUUUGGCUGCCAAGGUCAGUACAUAGUGUGUCUUGCACCUCUAGUGGAACUUCCAUCUGUAUUUUCCACAUGGACCUUCUGUGUAUUAGCAAGAGACUUGGGCUGCUUGCUCGGAGGGGAAACCCCUCUUGACUAUACCCAGGAGAUGUCAUUGCUGGUGGCUGAGGGAAGCUGCUUCCUCCAAGCCCUGCCUGGCCCUCACACAGCAGAGAUCUGUCAGCCAUCCCUCACACCCCAGGCUCUGCUGCUCCUCCACCUGAGUCAUUGCCUGGUACCUGUUGUGGUUGGGAGCGUACUGGUUGGGGAGGUGGAAGGGGUUUAGCCUCUGACUCUGUACUGGUCUGUUUGUUUACUGAUGUCUUUAAACAUUAAAUGAAGAGGCAGUAUUUUUCUUACCUGA